AUGAAUCAGUUUGGUCACCAGUAUAAUGUCCAACCACCACCUACAUUUUAUACAAGUGAUAUGAAUUCAUUUGGAAAUGCUGUUCAAAGACCUGGACCCAGGCCUUAUAGUUUUGAAGUUCCACCUCAGGAUUUCCAGCCUACACCCCCUCUUCGAAGUGACAGUGGAUAUUCGCUUUGUCCCUCCCAGUAUUACAGCAGACCUGGGAUAAUGCCUUCCACGGACGAAACUUGUGUUAAUUAUGCAGAACAACUACCAAUAACCUCUGAAGUCAGUGAAAAUAGCAACGUAGUCCUUGACUAUCAGAAUCAGUUUGGUCUUCGUGUUCCUCCCGAGAUUCCUAGCUGGAUGACCUUAAAUUCCUCAGCUAGUAACUUCUACACUGAUAUUCAAAAAUACACUUCACAACCUAAUCCAACACCCCAGUCGGUAUACACUGGGAUUCCAGUUCAUUACAAUAGAACUCCUGAGAACUCUACGUUUCAAAAUCGUGGGCGUGUUAGAACUCCUGGUCCUUUCAAGGGAAAUAGAGGAAGUCUUCGAAAUCGCCCCAACCAAGGUACCCACGCCGCUAAUACUACUAGUGCGACUGCAACUACAAAAGAACCAUCCGUUUUUUACUGCGAUAUUUGCAAAGUUAGUUGUGCGGGUCCACUAGCCUUCAAAGACCAUGAAUCUGGUCAACGCCACAAGAAAAGAUUGUCCCAGGUUGAAGCGAUUGAAAAAUUAAAACAGGAGGUCUCUACCGAUGGAAGUUCGUCAUUAAUUAUCAACUCAGCUUCACGAGAAUUACGUUGUGAGCUUUGUGAUGUUGGUUGCACUGGUGCUGACUCUUAUACUGCUCAUUUAUCUGGCAGACAGCAUCAACGUACGCUCAAGUUACACAAGGAAUUGGGGAAACCAAUUCCAGAAACCGAUGAUCCCCUUGUACCAGCUAUUGUGGCAGAUAUGAUUGCCACUGCAGUUGACGAUGCUAAACCAGGUGAAGCGGAUGAAAAUAAAACAAAUCCUACGGAAGACACGUUUAUGAAGCAUAUUGAUUUAAAACAACUUGCUGGUCCUGAACUACCUGCUGUUGGACAAGAGUAUUUAGAAACUAUUAUUAGUAGCAACAACAAAACUAUUAAAUAUCGUUGCAAGUUAUGUGAUUGUGAAUUUUCAAAUCCAGAUUCUCGUGAAUGUCAUUUACGUGGUCGUCGUCAUCGUCAGCAAUACAAAAAGAAAGUUGAUCCAUCGUUUAUUGUCGAUCCAAAUCCAGGAAAUCAACUUCGUCGAAAAGUGAUAGCAGCUAAAGAGAAGAAGGCGAAACGUAGCGAACCAAAACAAAAUACUAGCAGUUUCCCCAGUUUCAGUACCUUGCGUAAUAGCAGUAUGACGGGAAAUUGUAUGAGUGGGAUCCCAUAUGACCGUUUUUCUGCACAAGUCCCUCGAAUAUACACUCCUCAAACUCCUAAUAAAUCUCUAGAAAGCAGGUACAUCAGUUCUAAACAUACAUCUUUGCUACCGACAGCUUGGGAAGUUCAGGCAAUGAUGUUGGCUGUAACGAUUUGUGAGCGCUCCUUGAAAGGUGUUAGUAACGACCUUUUAAAACAGGUGCGUUCAGCAUCAGAUCUUUGUGAUACCACUAAAUGUGCUAAAUCUUGUGAUGAUAAUAAUCUGGAUGAAUUGGAAGAAAAAGUUGGUGAACGUCUGCUUUGUGGUGUUGUUCGCGUUGGUGCACUGGGAAAAAAUUUACUUUUAAGGGGUGAACAUUCAGCAGAACUAGUUUUAAUAUGUUCUAAAUGGCCUACUAAUGAGUUAACAACUUAUGUAUCAACUAAUAUUUCAAAAUUAAUGGAGUCACUGGAAUCCCGUCUUCAAUAUACUGUCACAGCAGAGCCUACUAUGGGAACAAUUACGGUCGUGGUAUCCUGUCCAGAUCCAUCCUUACUGAAUAAAAGUGAUAUCUCUGAAGUAAAUGUCAAACCUGCUUGCAAAGAAAACGAAUCUGCAAUAUGGCCUACUAUAACACUAAUGAUCAACCUAACUUCCCCGGUGGUAGUUCAGAAAAACGAAGCUGCUCCUGAAGAUAAAAAUGAAGUGCCACCAGUUGUUCAACGUUUGAUCGUUAAUGGUCAUCCAAUUCCCAAAGAAAAGUGCAUCAAAUCCAUAGAUGCUCUUGAUCAUGCAUCAUGGUUUCAACAUAUUGCGAGCGGAGGUCCGAUACUCUUAAUUAGUCGUAUUUUACGUGACUUUAUUCAAUCUAAUGAAUACUGGAUCGAAUUAAAUGAAUUCGAUGUUGAAGUACACUUAGAUCACCUCUUAUCUUUAGAGUAUAAUAUGGUGAUUCGUUCUGGUUUCACUUCCCUCCCAUUUCAAUGUGGGUCACCGAGAAAUAUGCUUUCUGUACCAAGCGACUUUUUCCAUCCUUGCAAAUUACUACGUAGAUUUUUCGAAUCAAUAGCAAAUGGAUAUUUGUUCUUUGCAAUAAAGCAUUCAUCUAAUUCAAAUAACACUGAGGAUUCUCCUAGGGAGAACAAUAUACCUGUGGCGUGUACAAAACCAUUUUAUGUUACAAUUUCUAAUGGAAUAUCAGAUGAAGUUUGUGAAAAAAUAACUGUUUCAGCUCAACAAAUACUCAGACAAAUUGCUUUUAAUCAAUUAUACAAGGUUCUUGGUAUGGAACCUCUGGAUUCGCCUCACAACUCAGAUUUUGUCCAGUCAGGUGGUAAACGAGAACAAAAUCCUGAUGUUUCACAAGGUCAGGAUACUUCCGAAGUCGAAUGUUCAACUGAUGAUAAGAAGCAACAUAAUCCAUCUCUUAAUGUCAGUUCUGUAGCAAAUGGCAUGGAGACACAGGAAUUUGCGGCAGAAGUACUAAAAGUCGAGUCAGAAUGUACUCCAGCCAAGCGAACUCGCCGCGCUACCGCUAACCCAAAAUCUUCUACUUAA